AUGGCUGCACUGCUGGCCUGGGAGCCCCACACUCUUGUGGUCAUCAAACUGGCCAACACUGGCUACAAGUCCGUAAACAAAUACGAAGAGGCACAAACCAUUGAUCAGUUUCUCUUUUUCUCCCCACAGAUCUUGUAUAUCAGGGUGUCCUGGCCUGACAGAGAUGUCCCUCUGUCCCCAAGGCCCCAACCUGCCCGCAAGUCCUCUGGCUCUCUCCCCCAUGAGCUCUCAGACCUGACCCAUCUUCUGUACUGGCCUCUGAUCCCAGGAGAUGAGGGGGAACUUUUGGCCUCCACCAGUCCUCAGACCUCCACCUACUGCCUGAGGGAUCCUGCCCAGGCCACCUAUGCCCUGGGAGGCUCCCUAGAGGCCAUCCUUGUGGCCAGAGACCAUUGGGGAAGGCCCAAGACCCAUGGUGGAGAUCUGUUUCGGGCACAGUUGCUGGGUCCCAACUUGAAGGCAGGGGUCCCUGGGGAUGUCCAGGAUCUGGAGAAUGGCACAUACCUGCUGUCCUUCCCCCUUCUCUGGGCUGGGCAGGCCCAGGUGCAAGUGCGGCUUAUCCACUCCAGCGAGGCCGUUGGGGUUCUGAGAAGAAUCUGGAGAGACCAAUGGGCCACAGUCGAUUUCAUGGGCUAUUUUCGGGGACCCACAGGAUAUGAAGAAAUUGUCACUUGCAAUAUUAACCCCCUAUUAACUGGGAAGGAAGAGUCUAUCUGUCACUACAGGGAUGAAGAUUCAGGGGAACUGUGGUUCUGUGCUCAACCUCCCACCCUGCCCUGUGACUCACUGGUGGGACAUUCAAGUGGACAGUACUGGAAUGUGACCACAUCACAUGAGAAGGCCCUGCUGGUGUGGAACGUGACAGAUAAGGUCCUCACUCAGGGUAUUUCUGCAAUCUGGGUGGCAGAGGAGAGCAAGAGGAGUCUGGUGCUGCCCCCUAAACAGCUCUGCCGUCCUGGGAUUCCAGGCCCAAAGCCCUCUGGCUUCUACUACCAAGGAGUAUGGCACUCACUGUUCUGCUCCAGCCGUACCUUCUCCACGGUUGACAGCAUCCUGGACUGCCUGGCUGGUCAUGUCAUCCACAUGAUGGGGGACUCCACACUUCGGCAGUGGUGGGAGUAUCUGCGUGACACCGUGCCCUCCCUGAAGCCUGUGGAUCUACACGCCACCUAUCAGACAGGACCCCUGAUGGCUGUCGAGACCACUCGGAACAUAGUGCUGCACUGGCGGGCUCACCGCUGGCCCCUGCGCUCCCUCCGCACUCCAGUGGCCUCCCUGCACUCUGUGGUCCGGGAGCUGGGGGGCCUGGCCGGGGGCCCCCACACCGUGGUGGUGCUGGGGCUGGGCGCCCACUUCACCACCUUCCCUCCAUCCUUCUUUGUGCGACGACUGGCAGGCAUUCGGGCAGCUGUGGCUGCACUGCUGGCCCGGGAGCCCCACACUCUUGUGGUCAUCAAACUGGCCAACACCGGCUACAAGUCCGUGUAUGGCAGUGACUGGUUCACCCUUCAGAUGAACCGGCUCCUCCGAGCUGCCUUUGCUGACCUCCGUGUGGCCUUUGUGGAUGCCUGGGAAAUGACCUCCAGCCUGGCGCUGCCGGACAGCAUCCACCCAGGGCGGCUGAUUGUCCGCAGUGAGGUGGACUUCCUCCUCUCCUUCAUCUGCCCCACCUGA